UGCACUGCUUCAAGUGUAUCCAUCCACAAUGUCAACAAUUUUGUAUUUGGUGGUAUUAAGUCUUGCUGUGUUUGUCAAUGGUCAGGCUGACUAUUGCGAUGUCGAGUCUUGCGAACCCAAGGGACCGCAUACCGUUUGCGAAUAUCCGUGGGAGGAACCCUCUGAUGACUGCGGCGAACUAUCCCAAAUCGGAGUGACUGAUGAAGAAAAGCAGACAAUCCUCGACAGACACAAUCACUGGAGACGAUACGUUGCUGCUGGCAAGGAGAAGAGGGGUAAUCCUGGACCCCAGCCCGCUGCCACCGAUAUGGAAGACCUGGAAUGGGACGACGAACUAGCCUACAUCGCGCAGAGAUGGGCUAAUCAGUGUAAUGAUGUUCAUGACGAUUGUCACGAUACAUAUCAAGAACAAGUGGGACAGAAUUUGAAUUGGGGUGCGUGGAGUGACGGUUAUCAUCCUAAUGUUAUCAGAGACUUGGUGGACAAUUGGUACAACGAAGUGGAGCAUUUCAAUGCCAACACCGUGUCGUCUCUUAAGCCGAAACCACCAGGUGUCAAGCUGUACCAUUACGUGCAAAUGGUUUGGGCGGAUACCAAACGUAUUGGUUGCGGUAUCACAAAAUAUACCCGAAAUGGUCCCACCAAGGCCAACCCCAAUGCCUGGCCGGAAUUGUUCCUCGUCUGCAAUUAUGGCCCAACUGGGGUCAUCCUGGAUUGGCCACUGUACAAGACAUGCCCGAGAGUAGUAACGCUUUCCUGUUGUGAUUAUCUACUGAGACAUCACGAACAGUUUAAAUAUCGAGUUCUGAAUCGAUUCUUUACAGUAGGACAUUCCAGGAUGGGUAGAAUAUUGAGGCAGUUACUGCUACUCUGUUUCAUAGCAUUCAUCAAUGGACAAAAAUACUGUGAUCUCAGUUCCUGCGGACAGAGUAAUCACACUCUAUGUGAAUAUCCUUCAUCAGAUCCUGCUAGCUCGUGUGGGGAAAUAGGAAUCGUAGGGGUCACCGAGGAAUUGAAAAACGCCAUCCUCAAGAAGCACAAUGAUUACCGAGCUUAUGUUGCCAGUGGACAGGAAACAAGAGGCACCAACAAUGGUCAACCUGGUGCUACAAAUCUCGGACCUCUGUCAUGGAAUAAUGAAGUAGCAGAGAUAGCGCAACGAUGGGCUAUUCAAUGUAAAUUUGCUCAUGAUGAUUGUCGGAAUACAGCGGACCAUUACGUGGGACAGAAUAUUGCGGGACUCGGUUGGAGUGAUCACUUCCAUGAUGAGGAUAAUAUCGCUGAUCUGGUGGAUAGUUGGUACAACGAAGUGGAUAAAGUUGACAGGAAUAUCGUGUCAUCAUACCAAUUUUCUAAAGAUACUGGGCAUUAUACCCAGCUGGUCUGGGCUGAAACCAAGGAGGUGGGCUGUGGUGUCAUUAAGUACCAUAGGUCUGGAGAAUGGUACAACACCUACCUCGUAUGCAACUACUCCCCAGGAGGGAACAUCAUCGGUGCGCGGAUUUAUCAGACCUCUUAAUGAGAAUCCUAAUUUAUCGUUUGUAUUUCUGGCCCCGCCACUAGGCCCAUUUGGUUGAUUCAAUAAA